AGCUUCUCUUCCUAAACAUCACUGCUUGCUUAGCUUCAAUCAAUCUCAGCUAACAAUUUGAGGCUUGAUCAGCAACAACCAUGGAGACCCUUUACCUAGCCUUGUCUUUGGGUGCUGCUUUUUUAGCGUUUAUCAUCUUUGCAUUCAAAGGCAAAUCAGAUGAUGGCAAGAACCUGCCACCAGGGAGCAUGGGGUGGCCUAUUGUGGGUGAAACUCUGGAGUUUCUGUUUGGGAAGCCAGAAAUCUUUGUGUCCAAGAGGAUGAGGAGGUACUCCCCUGAAAUCUUCAAGACCAAGAUUCUUGGAGAGAAAACUGCCGUUAUUUGUGGUCCUAAGGGACACAAAUUUCUGUUUUCUAAUGAGCAGAAGUACUUCACAGCUUUUCGACCACAUUCGAUGCAAAAGAUGUUUCGUUCGUAUAAGGCUCCGGCAGCAGCAGCUGCUGCUGCUGCUCCUCCAGCAGUAGCACAACCUGCUCGUGACGAAGAAGCCAAAGUGUUGAGGUCACCGGGGUUUUUGAAGCCGGAAGCAUUGGUAAGGUACUUGGGGGUAAUGGACUCUAUCACCCAAGCACAGAUGAAGGCCUAUUGGGAAGGCAAAGAUGAAGUAGAGGUGUACCCUCUGGCCAAGACCCUCACUCUAGGCCUUGCCUGCAGAUUCUUCUUGGGCAUAGAUGAGCCAGACAGAAUUGCAAGGUUUGUGAGCAAUUUCGAUGAUGUGACUGUUGGGAUGCAUUCACUUAUUCUGAAUUUCCCGGGAACAACAUUCUACAAAGCAACCAAAGCAGCCGAUGAACUUCGAAGGGAGUUGAAGAUUGUGAUUCAGGAGAAGAAGGCUGCAAUGGCAUCAGGAGCUCCCAUGCAUGACAUAUUGUCACAUAUGAUUGUGGCAAGUGACCCAACUGGCAAACACAUGCCAGAGGCUGAGGUUGCUGAUAAGAUCAUGGGUUUGCUGACAGCAGGAUACAGCACUGUGGCUACUGCCAUGACUUUCUUCAUGAAAUAUGUUGGAGAGAGGCCAGACAUUUAUGCCAAAGUCCUAGCUGAACACAAGGAGAUUGCAGACUCAAAGAAGCCUGGACAAUUUUUGGAGUGGGAUGACAUCAACAAGAUGAAGUACUCAUGGAAUGUAUUGUAUGAAGUGAUGAGAUUCACACCACCACUUCAGGGGACAUUCAGAGAAGCCUUGACUGAUUUCACCUAUGCUGGUUACACCAUCCCAAAGGGCUGGAAGGUAUAUUGGACGGUUAGUACAACAAACAUGAACCCAGAGUACUUUCCCAACCCAGAAAAGUUUGACCCUUCACGAUAUGAUGACUUGAGUGCAUUCCCAGCUUUCACAUUUGUUCCAUUUGGAGGAGGACCAAGAAUGUGCCCUGGUAAAGAGUAUGCAAGGCUAGCCAUACUCACUUUUGUUCACAAUGUGGUGAUGAGGUUCAAAUGGGAAGUGCUAUAUCCUAACGAAAAGAUCACAGGUGACAUGAUGCCGACACCAGAGAAAGGACUUCCGGUUCGCCUUACAUGUCACUAGGAAUCGAACUAAUAAGAGGUUUUCUCUGUUUUGGAACACUUCUACUGCCCAUCACAGCCGAAGUGGUUGCUGGUGGCAACCUCCAUCUUUGGUGGUACCAUAGUAGCAGCCGGCUAGGCUCAGUGAGUGGUACUACUUGCCCAUCUUCAAUCCUAGAAUAUUUUCAUGAGUGUGCUCUCUAUUGUUUCUAAUAUUUAGGCAUCUGGCAGCAUUGUAUUAUAUCUUACUUCUUUUGUAUAUCUAAGAAGAAUUUUAACGACUGGGGGAAAAUUUUACCCCGUA